AAAUGUAAGUUAAGUGACCAAAUACCAAUUAUAAAUAUAUAGUUAAAUCUUUUUUUCUUCAGUAGUUUAUUCACUUUUGUUGUUUUCAUUGUUCAGUUAUUUAAAUACGUUUUAGUUAGUUAUUAAUAUUGAUUUUACUGAUGUAACCGUUUCACUCAUGUCGACCCAUUCACCAGAUUUAAUUGUCCACCGUCGGUCUAACACCAAACAAGUGCAUCCAGUGGUUGGAUUAAAAAGAGUGUCUUUCCAUGAAGACGUUAUUGAACCUGGGAAUGGGAAUCUCAUUCAAAUACGAAUUGGAGAAUGUGGUGAAAGAGGAGCGCCUGAAGGUCAAGAAGACCCACAACCAAAUGAAACAUUGUCCAAAAGUUCAGUUUUAAUAUCAAAAAAACUAAAGUUUCCUUCUCUCUACUUGAAUGUCUUAAAUGUCGAUCUCAAAUGUCAACAACCCGUUUUAAAUCAAAUAAAACAGGAAAUGAUGAAUAAAGAAUUUAGUGAUGUUUGGAAUAAACAUUUGGAUAUGGGAUCUAACCAACUGAUUAGUAUAAUUAAAAGAGAUUUAUUAUUAAAAACCAAAGAAUCUAUUUAUAAAAUUUAUAGAAUGCUAAGCACUGGUGGAUCACCUCUAUUUGUAGUUAUAACAAAUAUUAGAUUUUAUGUUUUAACUAAAAAUGUAUAUACUAAACGGUUAGAAGUAUUCUAUAGUUCAAAUUUUACAAGCAUAGACCUAAUAGCCUUAGGCCCGUGUGAUCAAACUGCAGUCUUUGUUAGCGAAAAAUCAAAAAAAUGCACCUUAAUAACAGCGAUUGAUGUUAAAUCUGCAUUAGAAAUGAUUGGCAGUCUUGAGUAUGCUUACAGAUGUAGUGGAUUUUAUGACCCAAAUAAUGCAUUUGUUGUCAUAAAUAUCAACUAUGAUGAUAAAUUAUAUGAGGCUGUAAAAUGUCAAAUUUCAAUGCCUAAGGAUGAAAAAAUUAAAUAUUAUACGUGGUUGUGGUAUUACAAAGAAAGUGAAUCUUCAAAUAAUUUAAAAUCUCAUUUAGAAGAAUUUUUAAUGGUUAAAAAAGGAUCUAUAUGGAAACCAAGAUUUGUGCGUUUAAGUGAAGAUAUUUUGUACAUAUUUAAACAUCCAGAUCAAAAGUUACCAUGUGAAUCCAUACCUUUAAGAUUUGGCCGCUGUAAGAGAGUGAGAAAAAUUCGUUCUGAUCGACCUUACUCUAUUGAAAUUUUACUGAUUAAUUAUCCAAUUAUUUUGGCACCUGCUGAUUGCAGUCAAGAAGAAAAAUGGUUUAAUGCUCUAAGCUCUGCUAUGACAGGUCAUAAAAAUUUGAAUGUUGAAUCCAAAUUGCCCGAUGGAUAUCGUUGUUUAUUGACCAGCAGUCAUAUAGUUUUGUACAAUUUUCCUUGCACAAUUACAGACAGCAUGUUAUUAGUUAAUAUGGAUUCAAUAAAAUGUUCACCUUCCCCAUCACACUGCUAUGUUGUAAUUGAGUGGUCCUGUUACGAUGCUACAUUAGAGGAAAGCUGCAGUGAUUGGGUUGUGCAUUUUUCUUGCAAAUCUAGUUGUGAUGAAUUCAUUUCAUGGUUGUGUACUCUAAGACCAGAUUUAAAUGUUUUGGAAUUAGUUGAAAAAAAAUCCAUACAGCGACACCUUAAAAAUAGUAUAACUUUACAAAGUUCACUAAUUUAA